AUGGAUGCGGCAAAGAUCCUGGUGUACCGGAAUAACGGUAUACCUCUUCAUAGUGAGGCACGUCGUAACUAUUCCACUAGAAUCAUUUCACACAGAAAAACUAGACGAAAAGGGAAUAUUAAUGUCUCCCGUUUCAGGCGAGAUUUAGUAUCCGGCAAUAUUAUUAUAACACACAAUUUUAACGAGAAGAUCGUGACACCCGGGGACGACGUCAGUUUACAAUGCACAGCAACGGCUGAGAGGCCCCCUCGGUUCAUAUGGGACAGAGACGGAGUCGUUAUAUCCCCGAACACAGAACAAAGAUACACUAUAGGCCAAAUGAUGUCACCCAACGGGGUCGGUGUGGUGUCACACUUGAAUAUAACACGGUCUAGAGUGGAGGAUGGGGGAUUGUACUCCUGCAUAGCAGUGGAAGGCGAAUCCAGUGUCGGUCAUUCAGCCAGGAUUGACGUUUACGGUCCACCGUAUAUCAGGUCUUUACCGCCAAUAAAAGUUCAGAGCGGAGAGCCCUUGAAGUUACGGUGCCCCUACUAUGGGUUUCCAAUAAGUAAACUCGACUGGGAAUACAGAGGCAAAAGAAUAUUAAGUUCAAUGUUAUCACAACAUCCACGAUAUAAGAGAUCAAGCGAAACACAAAGGACGGAAAAACAAAAUAAUAUAUCAUUUACACAUAGUGAACAUUUUCGCAAAAAGCGGCAGUUAUUUGAACCUAAUGAAGAUGGAGUACUAAGUAUACCAAAAGUUUUGAAGGAAAGCAGCGGAGAAUCCUAUACAUGUAUUGUACACAGUCCUUCAGGUGAAAUGGCAAGACGGUCCUUUGAAAUUCAAGUUGUGGAAGCUCCAGAGCUGGACGAGCUGCGAGUGGGUACGGGACUGAAAGAAGGACAGAUUGUACAAAUCACCUGCAACAUCAUCAGUGGCGACCCCCCCAUCUACUUCUCCUGGUUGAAGGAUGGCAAGAAAAUGCCAGCCAGUCUCAAGAUUACCGAGAGAAGCUCAGAACUAUUCAGCGUUUUAAUCAUCAAGAGAGUGUCUUUAGAGCACUGUGGAAAAUACACCUGCAUCGCUACCAAUCACGUCGGGAAAGUGAAUCAGACAGCCGACCUUUACAUAAAUGUUGCCCCAAAGUGGAUAGACGAGCCAACCAACACGUCGCUUCUGCUCGGCCAGAGAGGAGUGGUGUACUGCAACGCCAACGGCUAUCCUACUCCGCAGAUACACUGGAUGAAGAGAGAUGCUACUCUUGGUAUUUGGAGACCCGUCCUCGACCUGGCUGGCGGCGGCAUCAUCAGUUACCCCAACGGCACGCUCAUUAUCGAGGUGGUCUCUCUGGCUGACGAGGGCGUAUACUCGUGCAACGUCGAAAAUGGUGUCGGGGACAGUUUAAACAAAAACCUGUGGAUCAGCGUUAACAAACCAGUGCACUUCGAGUCAAUGGGCUCGAAUGUGACGACCAAGGUGGGCCUGCCGGUGACCCUGACGUGUCGUCCGCUAGGUGACAACCCCAUCCGGGUCAAAUGGAGUCUCAACGGAAACCCUGUAGAUUUCACUUCUUCUAGAAUAUCGGUAUCUGAAACCAAAACCCACAACGGUAUGAAGAGCAUCAUCAGUAUCAACUUUGUGGAGAGCAGAGACGGAGGUAACUACGAGUGCAGAGCCAGUAACCCCUAUGGAGUAGCAACCUACAAUCUACAUCUAAGGAUACUGGAACCACCUACUCCCCCACUGGACUUGCAAGUGGACUCAGUGACGAGUGACUCAGCCAAGCUGUCGUGGCGCGACACCAUUAGUUCGCACGUCCAGUACUACAACGUUCAGUACGCCACCAGCGACUUCAUGCUUUGGGAUACCGCUAAGAGCAUUAACAUUACGAGACAAGACAACGACAUUCGUCAGAGCAUAGAGCUCCGAGACUUGAUGCCGGCCGUGGACUACAGAGUGCGAGUGGCUUCGGGUAACCAGGUUGACCUCAGCCCUUUCACGCAACCCGCACAUUUCACUACACAACAGAAAGCUCCAUCAUCCACGCCAUUGGGAGUCCAAGUCCAGGCAACAGAUAACCCUGGAGAGCUGACUGUGUCCUGGCUGCCGCCGCCCCGGGACAGCCAUAACGGGCACUUGCAAGGAUACCACGUCAAAGCGGUGCCAAGGGUCGGCGGUGAUAUCGGAACUGAUGAUACUCAAACGAAAGUUCUUAAAGUAAUGUCAAGAAAAGGAAAACAAGAAACGAUGUUGAGUGGCCUGCUAAAAAAUACAAGAUAUGCUGUUUCAGUGAGUGCUUUUAAUUCUGCCGGUAACGGCCCAUUCUCAUUGCCGGUUUAUCAAACUACAAGAGAAGGAGCUCCCGAGCAACCACCGACCGGAGUAGAGUGUCGCGGUGCAUCAUCCACGUCGCUACGCGUAUCGUGGCAACCCAUCACUACUCACGGCGCUUCUCUGCUGGGCUAUUCCAUCUAUUAUACCACUGAAGAUGGGUCAUGGCAGAACAUGACUUCACCUCACACAGAGGUAUAUCUGCAGGCGCUGUUGAAGUACAACAACUACACUAUCAAAGUGGCAGGCUUCUCCAACUACGGGAUGGGACCAUUUUCAUACCCUGUCGUUUGCACUACCUUACAGGAUGUGCCCGGACCUCCGCCAGAAAUAAAAGUGCUGGUAUCAUCGCAGACGUCUCUUCUCGUGAGCUGGAAGCGACCGAUACAUCCCAACGGCGAGAUCACGCAUUACACAGUCCAUGUUAAGCCGGUUUCCAGUACGAGUUCCCCGCAAAAUUAUCGAGUAGAAGCGACACAAGAGUCUAACUUGUCAAGACACUUGACAUUCCCAAUAUCAGGAUUAGCCACCGGGAAACAGUACGAAGUGUUUGUGAAUGCCCAUACUGUGGCCGGCGAAGGCGCGGCAAGCAACAGGGUGCACGCAGAAUUAUCAUCUAAAGUUGUUGCUGGCGUGGCAUCUCUCGGAGGUCCAAUAUCAGUGGGAGUGGGCAGCUCGCUGCUGCUGGUGUGCCAGUGCGUGGGCGUGCCGCCGCCGCGCACCGUGUGGUACCACAAGCACAACAUCAUCACGCACCACCCGCGCUUCACCAGGAACCAUGACGAUAGCCUGCUCAUCAACAACAUAGACCAGUCACUAAGCGGCAACUACACGUGCCUGGCGAAGAACCUGUACGGAUCGGACUCGGUGUCUUACGGCGUGUCGGUCCUGCCGACCCCGGAACCGCCGGCGGUUCGUGCCGAGCCACACAAGCACGCGCUGCGGCUGGUGUGGGAUGCACCAAGGGCGGCUGGCAAACCGCAGAAAAUAACCUACAACUUAUCUUGGAAAGAAGCGAACGGGUCCUGGCAGGACGCGUGGUCAGAGAAGGGAACCAUCAUCCAGGGCGCCCAGGAGUACACGCUGCAGGGCCUGAAGUGCGGCACGAAGUAUUCGCUUCGGAUGACUGCAGCCAACAGCGUGGGCGCCAGUCAGCCGGCUUACAUCGAUGCCACUACCCUAGGAGGAGUUCCUGUUGCUCCAACCAGCACUGAAUGGUUUUGGAGUAACUCCUCCCAUAUUUUCAUACAGUUAAGUGGCUGGGACGAUAAUGGUUGUGAAAUCAUUAAAUGGGAGGUGGAAUACAGAGAAUUUACAAGUAAAAUUUGGAAGAAGACCGAGAACCGACUCCCAUCAUUGGACCAGGUUUGGAACCACUAUGCCGCUACUUCAGUGCUGAACCAGCCGAACUCAUUUGUGAUAGCCGAUCUUAGCCCAGCACAAUGGUACCAGAUCAAAAUCACUGCUGAAAAUUCCGCCGGUGCAACCACCUCAGUAUAUUCUUUUGCUACCACUACUUUAUUAGGAGAAUCUAUAGGACCGCCUACGGAUCUCCUAGACCUCAACAUGUUGGUCAUCAUAUGUAGCUCCAUUUUAUUAACAAUUUGUACUUUUACCUGCAUCUACAUACUUGUCAAAAGACACAACCACCAACACCUGGCCGAGUACCGAAACUCUUUGACGGCUGAGUGCAAGUCUGAGCGCAGCAACGUUACCGUGAACACGCCACAGAGCGUCCCCACGGAAAUAAACAACAGGGUUUACAGUACUCCAGUACAUUUGACUGCUGAUAGCAAGCAUGAACUGUACGAAAUAAGUCCGUACGCGCAGUUCGCUAUCGGCUUUAGAACCUUCGGGCAUGUGGACAACCAAGAAGUCCCAAGUAGAGUGCAUCUACCGAGCAACAGCAAAUCGCGGUAUGAUAGUGAAACAAGUUUUCAAAUGCGCUCAGAAUCUGAAGAAAGUGAUUGCGUAUCACGGACAACUACAUUAAAAAGCGUUCCAAGAAAAGGCUGCAGAGUUCCGCAUCAUAGGUAGCCGACGCCUGCUUAAUACUAUGACUAGUCAUCAAAAUAGAUAUAUUCCAAAAGGUUGUGUUGUCAAACUCACAUCGAGUUUUUAAUAUUAGGUACUUUCAUAAAAUAAAUG